GUCGUAGAAGCACAGCUCCCUGAAAUUUCCCCAUAUUCGGAUUUCUAGGGUUUUUUUUUUUCAUUUACUCGGUAUUUGAAGAAAAAUGGCGAUGGCUGGUCGUCUCAGAUCGACGUUCUCUCUCUUCAAUAGGGUCUCUGCAUCAGAGUCUCUCUCCUCCGUUGGAUCUUAUCGCCGCGCAUCGCCACUCAUCCCUCAGUUGACGAGUGGUUUUGUCUCUGCUUCCGGUCAACAGGGCGGUGAUGUUAAGGUUCCUGUGGUUAUGACUGGUGAAGCAGGGAAAUGGGCUACAAGUUUGUACCUCGCGUCUGUGAAAUCUAACGUAUUGGACAAGGUUGAGUCAGAGCUUCGUUCGGUUGUUGAGGCAACAAAGUCUAGCCCGACCUUUGGACAGUUUACAAAGGAUAUCACGGUUCCUAAGGAUACUCGUGUGAAAGCUAUUUUCGACAUCUGUGAGAAAGCUAAAUUUUCCGAGAUCACUAGGAACUUCCUUGCUUUGUUGGCCGAGUCUGCACGGCUGAAGAACAUGGAGAAGAUCGUGGGUAGAUUUUUUGAGCUCACAGAGGCACACAGGGGAGAUGUCAAAGUUUUGGUUACCACAGUUAUGCCUCUUCCUCCUGCAGAGGAGAAGGAAUUGAAGGAGACACUCCAAGAAGUAAUUGGACAAGGAAAGAAGGUCACCAUCGAGCAAAAGAUUGAUCCAAGUAUUUAUGGUGGGCUCAUAGUCGAGUAUAACCAAAAGGUGCUCGACAUGUCCAUUAAGACAAGAGCCAUGCAGAUGGAGCGGCUCCUCCGUGAACCAGUCAAUUUCAGCGACCUCUGAUCACAUUCACUCUGCAUCAUCGAGGGGGCGUCUCUUUCAGGUUUUAUCCUCUGUUCCUAAACGAGAAUUUCGGGGAAUUAUUUCCUUCUCUCCGCUUGUGAUAUGAUUGCGCCUUUUCCGGGCUUCAUGCAUCAAUUAUCGAAUAAAUGGAAUGACCCUCUUUUCGGAUUUCUUUUUCGAGACACUUUUGAUCGAGUUUUUCGCAGCAACAUUCUUAUGUGAAGAGCUGGAUGAAUUAUACAGCGUGUUCUGUUCUUUCC